AUUAUUUUAACAACAUAUGUUGCAAUAAGUUGAUAAAAUUUUCUAAAAUGUUCGAAUUGAUAUUAAUUCUUUUUGUGGUCAGUGCGAGUCACCAAGCCAAAGGCAAUGCUUGCAGUAUUGAUGAUGUCAUUCAGGAGAAAAUUGAAGAUAUGUUGAAAGACAGACCAGCUUUCUUUGCAUUUGUAAAGGCUAGUGUUCUAUUCACCGGAAAUGACAUUUUGAAAUUUAAGGAUGUGAGAACAAACAUAGGGAAUCACUACAACCCUACCACUGGACGUUUUACCGCUCCAAAACAAGGAUUGUAUGAGAUAUCUUGUCUUCUGUAUGGGGUAGGACCCUCCAGAGUCACCUUCCAGAUACACAAAAACAAUGCUCUUUUUGCUUAUGGAUUUACACCAGGCAGACAAUACAAUUCUAACACUAUAUCUUUACUGAUGGAGUUGAAGACAGGAGACGAAGUAUAUGUCAAACAUCGAUUCCCACAGAGGAGAGAAACUGUCCAAGGCAGGCAACAUUCAUAUUUUUCUGGCCGUCUUCUACAAUAAAGUAUCAAAUGACCUAAUCAAAAAGCUUCAAUAAAACUUAAAUCCUGUCAA